AAUAAAGUUCUACAAGAAUGGAAAAGUCAAUAUGAUAAAAAAAAGUUUAAUGGUGAAGAAUACCUGAAAAGGAUCAAAAACACAAAACAAGACAGUCUUAUGUUUAGGCUGAAUUUCCUGAACCUUUUCAUUACACAUUUGUUGAAUCAACUUUGAGUGGUACCAAUCAAAUAAAUGUUGUGAAUAAGUUAGUCUUGGUGAAAGAGUUCUCUAAAAUUGAUUGGUGCAAGUAUAUUCUAGAUUGUUUGUUCAGCAGCAAACAGUUGUGGAGAAGGGAUGAUAAGACAUGUUAUUACAGUGGACCUAUACUCGUUUUGACGCUGGUGUAUGUAUAUAACUUGAAGUUCUCAAGUUUGAAGAUAGUGAAAAGGUGACCGUUUGUUAGAAAUGUUACGAGUGCUCUACUUUAAAAAAAUAGAGAAGUUGGAGAUUAGUGUUGGGGGGUUUGGUAGGCAGCUACCGGAAAACUUUGAAGAUACUGAUGAUGAUGAUGAUGAUGAUGAUGGAAUGGUUGAUGAAGAUGAAAUGUUGUACGGGUUGAUGAGGGAGUAUGGGGAUGAUGAGCCAUACGUAGUUGUUAUCGAGCAUAGCUAUGGAGUAAUAUUGUCCGAAAAGAAGAAUAUUGAAAAAGCUCCAGAACAUGGAAUUGAGAAAUUCCGAGACAGCUUGAUGUUGAAGGAGUGGUAUAAAAAAAUAAUAAUUGUUCAACGAAAUGGCGGUAAUGAAGAAGGAUUCUCUCCAGUUAGAGGAUUGGUAGUUUAUAAGGAAAAGAACGAUGAUGGUGGAGGUUUCAGUACACCUAAUGUGGAAAAGGUAGAUAAUACAGACAAUCUAAGCUGUUCACAAUUCUUGGAGCAUCUUGAAGUGUUGGCAACAGAAAUUAAAAUGACAAAUGAUGCUGUGUUGGAAAGUUAUAAAAAAAGAGGAAAGAAAAUGUUGGAAACACUUAAGGUAUGUGAGGAAGAUGAUGACAAUGGAAAAAAGGGGAAAAAGAGAGAAAAAUUUACCUGUAUAUGGAAAAUCACUAUUUGUUAAAAAAUUGUUUGGGAACUAUUUAAAAUAGAGCAUUACCAAAAGUUAACAGCUUUCAACAAGAUAAAAGCUCGUGUAAUGAAAAUGACACGGAAAGUAGAGAAAGAAGGAUCAGACUGUGGAGUAUAUCUUAUGAGGCAUAUGGAGUCAUAUAUAGGGGAAAAUGAAGGGCAUUGGGAUUGCAGUUUUAUAGGAAAAAAACAAAGUGGUGUACUUGCUUUAAAUAAUCUAAGUAUCAAAUACAUGGCAAAGCUUAUGAAAUCGGAGCACAACAAGUAUAAAAGUAUAUUGGAGAAAGAUGCAGAAGCGUAUGAAAGGCUCGAUCCAUUACAUAAAUUGGCUUUGAUGAAUGAAGUGAAGGAAAGCAUGGAGAAGCAGAGACAUGGAAGGCGUCAAUUUUAA